AAGGUGAGUUAGUGGGAGAUUGGCUGGGAUCCUCUUCCAGCUCAUGGCUCUUCUCGACCGCCUGCCUAAGUUAGCACGACAUAGCCCACAGGCAUAGCUUAGCACCGGUCAAACUAAUUAAGCUGAUCACUGAAUUUGGUUCCUUGGUUAGUUGUCUCGUUGGUCAUGUCGGUCUUAUCUCUCUGUCCUGAAGAAGAAUUUCACGUUGGAUUAAGCAGAAGGGAGGAGUUCAUGCAUGACGACAGACAGCACUCAGUCGACAUGGACAAGAUUGCCUGAAUGGCCUAGCUAGCUUGAACCCACCCACGUACGCACGCGCGGUUGGAAUCCAUCAGAUCGAUCAGGAAUCUUGUUGGAAAUAAUGCAAGAUAAAUCUCUCACAGGAAGGACAAUACAUCCACAUGUUUGAUUUGGGGCCGAACAUGCUCGGUUAGUUGCUUUACAUGCGUAUGCGUUGCGCGCCGGCCGGCCUACAGUGAGAGCUGCACUUGCAGGCUUGCAGCGCCCAAGAAGGCAAGCAAGAGCCGAGAUCGAUGACGAUGGAGCCAUGGCGCCUCCUCGUCCUGUUGCUGGCACCAAUUGCAGCCAUCGGCAUGGGCAUGGGCUACCACCUCCGCCGCCGCCGCAUCCAAGACGGCAAUUCUCACGACGACAAGAGUGCGCCAUUACCGCCGCCGGGGGGCAUGAGAAGCUGGUGCCGGGCCGCGCUAGGCUUCGAGACGCUCUCGUUCCUGGCGGCCAACAGCAGCGGCAGGGGCUUCUACGACUUCGUUCGCUCCCGGGGACUCCGCCACGGCGCCUGCUUCCGCACGGCGCUCUUCGGCCGCACCCACGUCUUCCUUCUCUCCCCACUCUCCCGCGCGGCCGCGCCCACGCUGCUCCUCGACACGCACCCGCACAUGGCCAAGCGCUACUUGCGCACCGUCGCCGACCUGCUCGGCGAGCACAGCCUCCUCUGCGCCUCCCACGACGCGCACCGCUUCAUGCGCCGCGCCGUGGCGGGGCUCUUCGCGUCGGCGCCCACCGCCGACUUCGUGCAAUCCUUCGACCGCCUCGUCACUCACCAAAUGCAACAGCUUCUGCUACUGCGGGGCAAAGAUGAGGGGCGGGUCGUGGUGGUGCUGGAUGCCGCGCUUGAAGUGACCUUCAGGGCCAUCUGCGAGAUGCUGAUCGGCGCGCAGGACGAAGGGAAGCUGGCGCGGCUGCAGAGAGAUGUCAUGGACGUGACCCGGGCCAUGCUCGCGUUGCCGCUCAGGCUGCCUGGCACGAGGUUCUACAAGGGCCUACAGGCAAGGAAAAGGAUCAUGGACGCGCUGAGGCAAGAAAUAUCCAUGAGGAGACAGAAUGAUGGCCUCGAAAUGGAUCGCCGAAACGACUUCCUGCAGACACUUCUGAUGAAGAGCCAUACGCAUUCAGCUGAAGAAGCGCUCACUGACCAACAGAUUCUUGAUAACAUUCUCACACUCAUAAUUGCUGGGCAAGUGACGACAGCAACAGCGAUCACAUGGAUGGUUAAGUAUCUGGCCGAUAACACCGAGCUCCAAGACACCUUAAGAUCAGUUCAGGUGGAUAUAGCAUCCAAGCACCAUCUUGAUUCACCUCUUACCCUCCAAGAUCUGAAUACCAUGGAGUAUGCAUACAAGGCAGUCAAAGAGUCCUUAAGGAUGGCUACCAUAGUUUCUUGGUUCCCAAGGGUGGCACUCAAGGACUGCCAGGUUGCAGGAUUCCAGAUUAAGAAGGAUUGGAUCGUAAAUGUCGACGCCAGGUCCAUACACUAUGAUCCGACCAUCUAUCCCAAUCCAACGGUGUUUGAUCCUUCCAGGUUCACCAAUGAGGACUUGAAGCCACCAUACAGUUUCCUGGUAUUUGGAGCAGGCGGCAGAACCUGUCUGGGGAUGAACCUUGCCAAGAUUAUGAUGCUCAUAUUUCUUCAUCGCCUUGUCACAAAUUUGAGGUGGGAGAUGGCAGACCAGGACACAAGCCUUGAGAAAUGGGCAAUGUUUCCCAGGCUGAAGAACGGCUGCCCAAUUCGCCUCACACCCAUACACAAGGAGAAGCUGUGCUGAUAGUAGUAGUAGCUACAUGAUGACAUCGAUGUUCGGACGAUGAUAAAUCUAGAAGUACUUACUACGUGUAAAUCUGUCGGCAUAUGCAUCUUAGUAUGAACAGUUUAUGUGAGGAACGAGCUAUGUGUUUUUCCUUGUUUUACAUACUCUGCUCCCUAUA